UACUCAUUUGCUUGUGUUUACUUGUGGAAAUGUGGAGCAUUCUGAGUUUUAUCUUAUUCCUUAUUUUCUGGACUAGGUGCGAUUGCUACGUAUUGAAGGACAAGGACUCGAUUCUAGUCGACUAUUUCCGGACCAGAAAUGUGAAUGCAAUCACUUACGCGACGUGUGCUGAGGAGGAAAACGGCUUUCAAAUUUACGGGACGAUCGAAAAAUUAAUGACUCAAGGAUUUAUGAUUGCAGUUUUCAAGAAAAAUUUAGAAAAUGAAUUUUCUAUCGCUCCCCACCAGCACAAUAUGGGCGUCUUUCUAAACCUAGCAUGCCCAAAAUCAGACCACGUCCUGCGGCGGGCCGAAACCAAUAACUACUUCUCUGAGGCUUACUAUUGGAUAAUACAAGGAACAUCUUUCGAAAGUGCAACUGAACGUCUUAACCGAGUUUUUAUACCUCCUUGCAGUCAAGUGCUAGUCAUCUAUCUGAAUGAGGGCUCAUUCCAGCUAAAAUACUUCUACAAAGCUGCUUCGGAUACUCCUCUCCGCAUUGACAAUAAAUCCCACGCUUUCCACGGUGAGAUCAUACCAAACCGCAAGGAUCUGGAAGGGAUCUAUCUUCGAAGCAUCAUUGUUAUAGCCUUCCCCGAUGUAUUUACAACCCUGGAUGAUCAGAGGAUGCGACAUAUUGACACGAUGGCGAAGGCUAACUUUCCAAUAUCACGAAAUUUGCGGGAGGAUUUGAACUUCAAUUUCGACAUGCAGCAAGCAGACAACUUUGGCUGGAGGCGUCCGAAUGGCAGUUUUGAUGGGAUGGUAGGGAAGUUGCAGCGUAACGAAGUAGACUUCGGGAAUGUUGCAAUAUUCAUGAGACUAGAUCGAAUCCCAAUUGUUGAUUUUGCAGCGGAUACAAUUCGAGUUCGUGCUUGUAUAAUGUUUAGGCAACCACCAUUGUCGGCUGUUACGAACAUUUUCGCUCUCCCAUUCACGGGGGAAGUUUGGUUUGCGAUCCUUCUUUUUCUGGUAACAACAAUAAUUGCUCUGAAAGUUCUGGUUUCGUAUGCGACGACCCCGGUUAAUAUGAAUUUCAUGGAUUGUGUGGAUUUCGCUUGGGGUGCAAUGUGCCAACAAGGCUUUUACGUGGAUGUUGUCUCCCGAUCAGGGAGGAUUUUGGUCUUCACAACAUUCGUUACAGCUCUCUUUCUGUUCACAUCCUUUUCCGCGAAUAUUGUUGCACUGUUGCAGAGCCCCAGUGAAACCAUUAAGUCCUUAUAUGAACUAGCUCUGUCUCCGCUUGAGCUUGGUGUGCAGGAUACUGUCUACAAUAAGAUUUACUUCAAGGAAACAACGGAUCCUGUUACCAAAUUCCUCUUUGAGAAGAAGAUAAGUCCAAAAGGAGAUGCAGUGUUCAUGCGUCCUGAAAUCGGUAUCAAACGAAUGAGGAAGCAACUUUUUGCGUACCAAGUGGAAUCACAAGCGGCUUACCAAAUAAUCAGUGACACCUACAGUGAACCAGAAAAGUGUGGUCUGAAAGAGUUAGAACCAUUUCAGCUGCCUCCAAUGUCCAUUCCAAUGCGCAAGGAUUUUCCCUACAAGGAACUAUUUCGGCAAAGAUUACGGUGGCAACGUGAGGUUGGCCUUAUCAGACGGGAGGCUACCCGCUGGUUCCCUCCCAAACCUCGAUGUGAGAGUAACUCAGCUGGUUUUGUUUCCGUGGGCUUAACUGCGUGCCGAUAUGCUAUGCAAAUGUUGGCAGUUGGAAUGCUUUGUUCUGUCUUAAUUGCUUUUGGAGAAUGUUUUUAUUCCAGGACUUUAAGAAGGUAUCGACUAAGGAUGAGAGUUGCAUGAAUAUAGGAAAAAUGCGAGGAAGGGAGAUUUUUCUGUCCUGAUUGUUUCAAGGAGAUCUGAAUUAACGAAUGUUCCAAA